CUGAACUGAAUGCGCCGUAUACGGACCUCCCUCGUCGCACAGCCGCGGUAGCCGCCAGGACAGCCGCUGCGCAGUGCCUCCCGUCGAUCUCGCCGCCCUAACUCGCCACCUGGUUCCGUGCCUCGCCGUCGACUCUACCAGCCCCGCCCCGCCCCGCCCUGCCCUGCCCCUGUCCUGCGCCACCGCGCCCAGCCGGCAGCCGGCAGCCGGCAGCCGCCCAGACCGCACUCGGCAGUGGACGCCCGGCGCCCGGCGUUGUGCAGCUGCAGAAGGCACGCAGCCAGCCGCCCAGCCCGAUCUAAGGCACAUUUGGGUGGAUAGGGUGGACCACCCUGUUUCAAAACUAGAUUCGCCACUGCCUGCCAGCCGCUGCAGCCACCACCAUUAGGGGCAGAGUCUUGGCUUCCAACCAUCCUCCUGUGGGCUCGCUGGCCGCUGCCACCACCUGCGGCUGCCAACCCCUCUCCUGCACGCAGGGGGGCCCGCGGCAACCGAACCACCUCGCGUUCCAACAAUGGAUGGCCUCCUCGGCAAGCCCCUGAACCCGAACAAGCUUCUUAAGGAGCAAUUCGUGAGCAACCUGACAGGGUCGUCCUUUCUGGAGAUCGCGGCGCUCUCCACUAUCGUGCCGGCAGUGGUGGUUUUAAGGAAAUGGAGCAGCAGAGAUAAUAUUAGGAUGGAUUCAGUGAAGAAAAAUGAUGAUGCUCUUGCUGAUCAUAAAGAUGGAGUGCAUUACUUUACAGCGUUGGUUAUAGAUUGUCUCACUGUUGUAUUGCCUAUACUUUUGAUUUUCACGAUCUUAGCUGAAUGGGCUUAUAUUUGUGCAAUUUCUCUUGUUGUUGUGAUAUCUAUCUACAUCUUGUUUAAAAGGUCUCAGUCUCUUCUCAAGGCUCAACAACAUCUGCCUUCUCUUAGGGCAGAUAUAUCUUCUUACCGAGUGUCAGUGGUUUUAGUGACAUGCUUGUCCAUACUGGCGGUGGAUUUCAAAAUCUUUCCUAGACGGUAUGCAAAGGCUGAAACAUAUGGUAGUGGCAUUAUGGAUCUCGGAGUAGGGUCUUUUGUAGUGGCUAAUGCACUGGUGUCUAGACAAGCACGAAACAUAACCUCAAUGAGAUGGAAGGCAGCACUGAGGUCCAUAAGUCCUCUAGUGUUUCUUGGCUUUGCUCGUCUUAUCUCUACAUCAGGUGUUGAUUAUCAGGUGCAUGUAGGAGAAUAUGGUGUCCAUUGGAACUUCUUUUUCACCCUUGCAGCAGUUUCUAUCCUUACAUCCAUUAUCAGGAUUCAUCCUAAAUAUUGCGGGAUAGUUGGUAUGCUUGUUCUUGCAGGAUACCAGGUAUGGCUAAAUUUUGGGUUGAAUGAGUAUCUCACAUCUGAUGAGAGAAGUACUGAUAUCAUUGGCCAGAAUAAGGAAGGCGUGUAUAGCAUAUUUGGAUACUGGGGUAUGUACCUGAUUGGUGUAUCUCUGGGUUACUUUUUGUUUCAUGACCUUAGUUCAAAAGGAAAGACUAGGCGCACUCAAGUGGUAAAAGUCUGGGUUCUUGCAGCAUCAUUUUGGAUUUUGGCGAUCAUUCUUGACAGCUAUGUUGAAAGAGUUUCUCGACGAAUGCACUUCAUUUUGCAGUGCAACUUCGCCUAUGUUAUGCUUGUGUUUGGCCAGAAUUUCCAGGUUAUAUCUAUUCUCACACUAGCGGGGUCCAUUUCACAUGACAAGAAUUUGGUUCUUGAGGAAGCAUUCAACCAAAAUAUGCUUGGCGCAUUCCUUGUGGCAAAUAUCCUAACUGGUCUAGUAAAUCUCUCAGUUGACACACUUUCAGCCUCUCCCCUCACCGCCUUGAUGAUUUUGUCAGUAUACACCUUUACUUUAUGCAUGGUUGCUGGUCUUGCUCAGUUUUCUGGUGUUAGGAUAAAAUUUUGGUGAAUACGGAUUUUAUCUAGUACAGUACUUUGUAUGUACGGAGUAUUUAAUAUUGAUUUUGAGGAAGACACGUUUGUGUGUUGAAACCGGGCCCUAGGGGGUGAGGUGUUUUAUGCACCAGGAUGAACAGUAACGCAAAAAAUAAUAGUAAA